AUGACUGCAUCGAAGCAGCCGAUCUACGAUCUUCCCACCCCAGAACCCGAGUCUCCUUCUCUCCUUCGACCGCGCCAGCCAUACCGCUUCUCCACGCUAUGCGCGACAGUAGAGACCCCCGACUCGGAACAUAAAGACCAGCAUGGGAGCUCUAGUAUACCCAUCUAUCAGACCGCUACCUUCAAAGGCGUCGGAGGGCAGUAUGACUACUCCAGGAGUGGAAAUCCCACAAGAACUCAUUUAGAACACCACAUCGCUAAAAUAUCCUCCGCCGAGCAUGCCUUCGCUGUAUCGUCUGGAAUGGCAGCCCUGGAUAUCAUCACACGCAUUCUCAAGCCCGGAAACGAAGUUAUCGCUGGUGACGAUCUGUACGGCGGCACCAACCGCCUGCUGACCUACUUGCGGACCCAUAUGGGUGUUACCGUGCAUCAUGUGGACACAACUGAUCCGGAGUCGGUGCUCCCGCACUUGAACCCCGGGAAGACAGCCAUGGUUCUUCUGGAGACCCCGACGAAUCCACUUUUGAAAGUAGUAGACAUUGCCAGAAUCAGCGCGAUGGUGAAGGAGAACUGCGAGGAUGCCAUAAUUGUGGUGGACAAUACUAUGAUGAGCCCGUACCUGCAGAGACCAUUGGAGCAUGGUGCAGAUAUCGUCUACGAUAGUGCGACGAAGUACCUUAGUGGACAUCACGAUUUGAUGGCCGGUGUUAUUACUUGCAACAGAGAUGAUUUGGCCAAGCAAAUGGCUUUCACUAUCAAUGCAGUCGGUAAUGCUCUUACGCCGUUUGAUUCGUUCCUCCUACUCCGCGGUACGAAGACGCUGGCCGUUCGUAUGGAUCGUCAGCAGUCUUCAGCUAUGCUUGUUGCCCAGCUCCUUUCCCGCCUGGGCUUUGUCACUCACUAUCCGGGUUUACCAAGCCAUCCCGGGAAAGAGAUCCACGAUCGUAUCGCGGAUGGCUACGGUGCAGUUCUUUCCUUUGAAACAGGAGAUAAGGAGAUGAGCGAGCGCAUUGUUGGAUCCACCCGCUUGUGGGGCAUCAGCGUCAGCUUUGGCUGCGUGAACAGCCUGAUCAGUAUGCCCUGUGCCAUGUCCCAUGCCUCCAUUGACCCGGCUACUCGCGCUGCUCGUGGACUCCCUGAGGACCUCAUACGCCUUUGCGUCGGCAUCGAAGAUCCCGCGGAUCUUCUCGACGACUUGCAGCAUGCCCUUCUAGAAGCUGGUGCUAUAACAUAUGCUGCCAAUGAUUUCAUACGCAUACCGAACCCCAUCAGCAGAGCGGUGGAAAAGCUUGCCCUUGGAGAGCCGCGAAGGGAGAUCGGAGACCGAGAAGACAGGGAGUGGUUCGUGAGUGCACCUGGAAAGGUUAUCCUGUUCGGAGAACAUGCCGUCGUACACGGUGUGACGGCGAUCGCAGCCUCAGUUGACUUGCGCUGUUAUGGUGUUGCCUCACCACGCCAUGAUAACAAGCUAUCUCUACAUCUGAUGGAUAUUGGAAACUACUACAAGGAAUGGGAUUUAGAUGAUCUCCCGUGGGAUGCUGUGUCUCUUGUUCUUCCUGGGAAACAGCAUCCGGAGGUUCUGGAUCAGAAGCUGGUAGACGCAAUCAACACAAGGGCACUUCCGCUUGCAGAUGAGAUGCCUCCGAAGGCGCAUGGGGCAGCGCAAGCAUUCUUGUAUCUAUACAUGAUGCUGGCGCAUGGUGACGAGAGGCCAGCAUUAAACUUCGUUGUUCGUUCCACCCUCCCUAUUGGCGCUGGUCUCGGGUCCUCUGCUUCUUAUUCCGUGUGUGUCGCGACGGCCCUCCUUCUGUUGAACCAUCGAAUCACCAUGCCUCCACUUCCGCCCCGUACUCGACAGCCAGGAGCACCAGGUGAUCCUGGUCAUCUGCAUGUCUCACACCAUGGACGUCGCGCCAUUCCUCCUGCCACUGCAGAGGAGGUAAACAGAUGGGCCUUUGUUGCAGAGAAGGUGCUGCACGGGAAUCCAAGUGGAGUGGAUAACUCAGUCGCGGUGUAUGGAGGUGCCUUGGCAUACACACGGCCCGGCUUUGGAAAGAAGAGUGGCAUGGAUCCGAUUCAAGGGUUUAAGUCAUUGCGAUUCUUAUUGGUGGAUUCCGGAGUCCCUCGUAACACGAAGCAACUUGUUGCUGGUGUAGCCGCGAAGAAACUCGAGCAACCGGAGAUCGUGAACAAGAUUUUAGACGAUAUCCAGACCAUCAGUGACGAGGCACGGCGAGCAUUGGCUGAUCCAGAGCUAUCCAGAGGGUCGUUGCUCUCCGCGCUUUCUGCUCUCAUUGACGAGAACCAUGCCCACCUGGUCUCUCUCGGAGUCUCGCACGAGUCUUUAGAAUCUAUCAGGACAUCAACGGGUGCUGAACCGUACAGGUUGAGCACGAAACUAACUGGUGCAGGCGGAGGGGGGUGCGCUGUCACCCUCGUUCCAGAUGACUUCCACGAUUCUCAUCUUCAAGCUCUUGUUUCUGCCCUCGAGGCCAAGAAAUUUCAGUCUUACCUCACUGCUGUGGGAGGGUCGGGACUGGGCAUCCUCUCUCCAUACAACCAUGAGCCGGAGAGCUACGGUGGGCCUGUGACGCCACCAGACACUCCCUAUGAGGAUGCGGAUUCAGACACUGAUAGAAGGGAUAGUCUACCACUGCGAGAACAGUUCACUACCAUUGGUAUUGACCAGCUGCCGACAUGGGCUGAAGCUCGAGGCAGGUGGGGCUUUGUGUAG